AUGGCCGCUCCGCCACGGCCGCCUACCGCACCUCAGCAACAGCCUCCACAACAAGCCCAAGCGCAUCAGUCUCCCGAGGCACCUGCUGCUGGCACAGCCGAAGAGUCACCACUUUACGUCAACGCAAAGCAGUUUCACCGCAUCUUGAAGAGGCGUAUGGCGCGCCAGAAGCUAGAGGAGCAGCUGAGAUUGACGUCCAAAGGCCGCAAGCCUUAUCUGCAUGAGUCGAGACACAACCAUGCCAUGCGCAGGCCGAGGGGUCCUGGUGGCAGAUUCCUGACUGCGGACGAAGUUGCGGCCAUGGAGGCAAAGGGCCAGCUCGGCGACCUGGACAGUAAUGGUGACAUCAAGCCGGAGCCAAUCACUAAUGGUGGUAUGAAGAGGAAGGCCAGGGCAGAUAUGUCCGGGCCGGGAAAGAAGCUGAAACCUGCAACGCACAACGAUGAGGACGAUGACGAUGACGACGAGCAGGGUUAG